AGAAGAAUCAUGCCUUCAGAUUACAAGAUGCCCCAAGGAUCAGAUGCAAUGCCUGAAAUCAUAAUAAAAAUCAUCGGAGGUAAACAUUUUCAAUACCUCGUGGAGAAGCCAAAGAUUAAGCAUAAUGAGAGCUUGAGGACAGAAACUCAAACAGCACUCCAGAAACCCAGGGCUGAUAAUGCAAGUCAGAUGAGCAGGGACUUGCCGGCUCCCACAGACCCCACUGAUCAGCAAGCCAGUGAUAACCCAGAUGAAGAGGAAGAAAGCAGCCCCUACAGUGACUGAAAACCAGAAAACAGACAGAAGCUCCUAACAGAUGCAGUCACCCACAGAUUUCUGGAUGGCAAAAUUUCCCAUGAGACAAAAGUCCACUGCAGCUCUGCACCCACUGGAGACCAGUCCUUAUCCUAUCUUCACAGCCUUCCCAGGAGAACACACAGAGACUGGUCCUGGGAACAUGCCACAAGCACUGGCUCUGGUCAACCUGAGGAUGUUGUCCAGAUGCCAAGUGGAAUGACAAGAGAAGAUUCUUUUCUACUUUCUGUGGUCAGAAGAGAACUCAAGUCACAUCCUUUGAGCCCCAGCUUAUUAGACAAACUUCAGAAAGAACUGAAGACCAUGGACCCCAUUUCUUCAGGGUUUCUCCUCCAGUCACAGCUAAGCUGCCUUCUCCUGAAGCAUAACGUCCCUCUGCAGUUGCCAACAGUCAAGCUCCUUUGCCAAAGAUUUUCUAGGAAGAGUUCUCCUGACAUGGUCGAUUUUGGAAAGCUUCUCUGGUUUUUAAAAGAUAUAACUUCAGGUGAUUUACAGCAAAAGGAAUCACUUGUGGACAACAACCCUCAGAAAACUCAGAGUCACAGCAAUCAUACACAAAGUACCAUACCUCAGGAGUCCAGCUCACAGGCCAAAGUUAACAUGAUCCUGCUGGAGGUUUUGAAGAUGGUGCUAAGGACCACCAAUGACAAACUCAGUUUAGAGAAUCUUAGCCUGAGUUUCCGCAAAGAAGCUCAUGCAUUCUCGGGCUGCCUCCCCCCACCCAAGGUGAGGGCUAUAUGUGGGAAACAUGGAUUAUAUAUAACAUUAAGCCUGCUGGAAGCAUUGCUUAGCCACCAAGGUUUGGGUUACCAAGGUGAAAUAAAAUGGCAGAAGUUUGUUGAGUUGCUGAACAGAGCUUCUGAUUUGUUGUGUGACCUGCAUGCAAGGAAGAGUGAAGCCCCAGCCACCCCAGGGGAGCUUGACGUCCCAGAAACAUCUCAAAGCAAAGCUGAACAUGUGAAAACUCCAGAAGAAAUGCUGUGGCCAGAAAACCCUUCUGCUGAGACAUCAGCCCCACAAGAUGCUAUGAGCUCUCUGAAAAUCAGGCCAGUCUCCCAGCCUUUUGUAAGCCCAGCCAUGAAGGAUCCUGGACAACAGAUAUGGAUAGACAAGUUCAGGAAGCUGGAGAAAGCCCUCUACUUGUGUGAUCUCAGUAACACAGGAGUUCUGGAGAAGGAACGAGCCAGAUGCCUCAUUCAUAACUACAAUCUCAUUUACAACCUGUCCCUGAGUCCUCGGAAAAUAGACCAGGCCUUGCGGAGAUUCCGUUUGGGAGAAAAUAUGCUCUUGGAGCCAGCGCUGUGGUACUUAAAGGAGCUAUGA